AUGAACGUAAUACUGGUCUACCUAGCAUGCUGCAUUGCAGUUGGAAUAGCAGCUCGAGAGAGAGGAUUGUUCCUGAACCUGAGUGAUGGAGAGCUCUGCGUUGGAAGCUUUCAAUGCAAGAGUCGAUGCUGCCAGCGAGAAACUGGACUGAGUCUUGCAAGGUGUGCUGAUAAAGGUGCUGAAGGAAAUGCAUGCUCAAAUCAUCUCCUGUAUAAUGUUUAUUACAAAUGUCCCUGUCAACAUGGUCUGAGGUGUGACGGCGAUAAAUCCAUCAUUGGUUCAAUAACAAACACUAACUUUGGUCUCUGCAAGGAUCCAAGCACAACACCUUAA